AUGGCUCUGUGGGUACGCCUCCUGCCACUGCUAGCCCUGCUGGCCAUCGGGGCACCCCCGCCUGCCCGCGCCUUUGUCAGCCAGCACCUGUGCGGCUCUCACCUGGUGGAGGCUCUGUACCUGGUGUGCGGGGAGCGUGGCUUCUUCUACACCCCGAAGACCCGCCGGGAGACAGAGGACCUGCAGGCGGGCAUGGUGGGCGCGGGCGGCCCCCAGCCCUUCCCCGCAGAGGUGGCACGGCAACAGCGUGGCAUCGUGGAGCAGUGCUGCACCAGUGUCUGCUCGCUGUACCAGCUGGAGAACUACUGCAACUAG